AUGGUAGUCGACACGCCGCUGGUCUCCCGCAUCCGAGACACAACCUACGGAGUGCUAGGCCUCGGCCGAAUCGGAACAGCCGCAGCGCUCCGCGCAAAAGCAUUCGGCUGGCGCGUCCUCUUCUACGACCCGUACGUCCCGAACGGCUACGACAAGACGCUCGACAUCGAGCGCGUAACCGACAUCCGAGAGCUCUUCCGGCGCAGCACAACCCUGAGCAUCCACUGCGCAUGCACACACGAAACACGGGACAUGAUCGGCUCCGAUCUCGUCUCGCUGAUGCCGCGCGGAUCGAUACUCGUGAACACAGCCCGCGGCGAAGUGUUACAACUCGACGCGGUGGAGGAGGCGUUGAGAACGGGGGUUUUGGCCGGCGCCGGGCUGGAUGUUUUGCCGGAGGAACCGAUCCCCGAGGAGCGGGUGCAUUCACUGAUACGGGCGUAUCGGCGGAAUGAAGACUGGUUGGUAGGCAGGUUGGUGUUGACGUGUCAUACGGCGUUUUAUUGUCCCGAGAGCUUUGCGGAGAUCAGGACGAAGAGUAUGGAGACUAUGCGGGAUGUGUUGGUUUUGGGAUUACAGAGUAAUGUGAUUCCUCCUGGUGCAAGCUGA